AUGACGGAGCGGGAACGCAAGAGUCGUCGAAACAAAAGAGUAUAUAUCCCGAACAAACGCGUGUUCUCCGCCCCGCUCGCCGUUCGACAAAGGGGAGGACGACAGAAAGGGUGGAAGCGUCGCGGCCUACUCUUUUCAGCUUCCUCUCGAGAAGUCGCUACUCGCUGGGAUCGGAAACACAACGGUUUCUUGAUGUGCCCACACGCGCUCUCAGACGUAAGAACGCGCCUUCACACCAACACGCGUUUCUUCGGUGCAUAUUGGCAUUCGUCGCGCGGAAAAGGAGUUGUGGGUCCGACGGAUUGGGCCGGUCCGGAUGACAUGUGGUGGGCAUGA